UUUUGUAGAACACUCAGAACACAUGAUCAUUCAAAACCAAUUUCUGUUCCACAUGUGAGCUUUGCAAUCGACGACGUGAUCAACCUCGCUUAACCUCGCCAGAAACCUGUGUCUCACCUCACCUCGCCGGUGACCUCGAUCUCACCUUUCCUCGCAUGUGACUACGAUUCCCUAAUGAUUUGGUGUUGUAGUCGGUAGUAGCAAGGGGAAAAAGCGAAAUCCCAAAUUUUUUGAAAACCCUGUCUCGUUCUCUUUUGCCUUUGUUCUCCAUAUUUUGUCUGAACAUUUCCAUAUCACCCAGUUGAAACACGAUUUAGGUUUCAAAUUCAAGCAAAAGGAUGGGAGAAUUAACGGUUUUCUCCACCAAGUAGUCCUCUCGAAGAUUCUAUGUUAAUAUCGGCAUAUCUGUUCACACGCCAUGACUUGCCUCUCUUCUUCUCUACAUAUCUAAAUAACGACAUCUACAGGGAAUAUUCCAGAUGUAAUGUAGCUUAACUGUUAUGCAAAGGUUUGUGUUCUUUUGUUCUUUCUCCUAAUUCCCAACUUCAAUUGACUUCUUAUUAUGAACAUAAAGGUUAGAUGUCUACUUCAAUUUUAUUAAAGGCUACAUAUAUCUUUAUUAUGUGUAUUUUAAGAUACCCUUUUCCUAUAACAAAUUAUAUCUCCUGUAUUGGAUAUGAUACCUAUGUCUUUGGGUAUUAAGCCGGCUGCCCUGGCUUCUAGCAAAGAACUCAUAGAUCUGGAAAAGAGGUUGAGUGAAAAUUUAAGUACUUACAGGGAUACUUUAUUUGAGGAAUGCCUCAGAUUCCUGAAGGAGGUGGAGUUUGGUUUUCGUGAAUCUUCCAAUCGGUUGCAUAGCCCUGGUAACAUUUGGACUAUUUAUGUAGAGACAGCUUCUGUGUUCUUUAAGGUUCUUCAAUCGCAUACAGGCUUGCUUACUUCUAACCAACUUAUUAAAGAAAUGGAAAGAUUAUAUCUGAAGUCUCCAAACAACAGUCUCAUUAUAGACCUCCUGUACCAAAAAUCAAGAUCUCCAAUUCGCCUUAGAAAACGAAAUUCAGCUGACACACAAACAAUUGUAGUUGAUGGUGGUUCUUCCAAUGAGGGCAAAUUAAGCCUCCAAAUAUCUGUGCCUGAAGGUUAUCAUUUCUCAAAGGUUUUACCUUCUUUGAGAGAGAAACAUGGUGAAUUCAUGCUCAGAGAGCUUGUGGUUGGCUUGCAGGAACAGGUUUUUGUUAGAAAAGUGAUUGAGUUGCAUGACAAGUACAUGACUUAUGUAAAUGACUGUUUUAUGAACCACACCCUAUUUCAUAAGGCGCUUAAAGAAGCAUUUGAAGUAUUCUGCAACAAGGGCGUUUCCGGAAGUUCAAGUGCAGAAUUAUUGGCCACAUUUUGUGAUAAUAUUCUUAAAAAAGGUGGAAGUGAGAAAUUAAGCGAUGAAGCCAUUGAAGACACACUUGAGAAGGCAUUUAAGCUGCUUGCUUACAUCAUCGAUAAAGAUCUGUUUGCUGAAUUCUAUAGGAAAAAACUUGCUCGGAGGUUGCUAUUUGACAAAAGUGCCAAUGGUGGCCAGUUUUACUUCAAAGAUGGAGGGAGUGUCUUUAACAGUCUCAACCAAGUAACCCAUGCAUCAAAUUUCAUAAUUGGAUUAAGAACGACUUCUUCUCAUAUUGGUGAUGCUGGACCAGAUGGCGCCACUGGUGGACGACAGCUGGCGGGUGAAAUUCGAGAGGGUGGGAGAAAACAGGUUCUCUCGGCUGCAAGGAGUAUGGAUGCUGCAGGAGAUUGUGAUGAAGCUGCUAACAGCUCUAUGUUUCCCUUACGUGUUGGUACGAGAGAUUUUACCCAUGGAUUGACCAAGUUGCCCCUACAUUAG